UAGCUUUAGGUCCUUAUUCACAGCCUUUUCCCCAGGAUCAGUCUGCGCGCUGUGGCCCUCCUAAAGCGCAGGCUUCUGCUCCCCUAUCCCUGUGGCUGCCAUUGUGACCUUGCAAGUCUCGCCAGCGAGGGUCUUAGUUGCCCUGUCUGCACCCGCGUUUGGAGGAUGGGCGGCGAAUGUCAUGAGCUGUACUUCCACCACCCAGCUCUCCGGUCCUGAGCCUUUGUGACUUUCCGGGCAGGGCGGGGACAGGAGAAGAUCUUUAAAUCAGUCUCCACAAGUCGCUGCCCCUCACAGGUCUGGAGUAUGAGCUCCUCUGGAGGAAGGAGCCGGGAGGCAGCAGGACCCAAAGGACCGAGAUGUGCAGCUGUCUAAGGCUCUGUCCUACACCCUCCGUCACGGAGCCUUGAAGCUGGGGCUUCCCAUGGGAGCUGAUGGCUUUGUGCCCCUGCACAGCCUCCUGCAGCUGCCCCAGUUUCACAGCUUCUCUGCUGAAGAUGUGCAGCAUGUGGUGGAUACCAAUGAGAAGCAGCGGUUCACCCUUCGGCCAGGAGAUCCCAGCACUGGUCCCCUCAUCCGGGCUAAUCAAGGCCAUUCCCUGCAGGUGCCUGAUUUGGAACUGGUGCCCCUUGAGACGCCACAGGCCCUGCCCCGGAUGCUAGUCCAUGGUACAUUCUGGAAGCAUUGGCCAUCCAUCUUGCUCAAGGGCCUGUCCUGCCAGGGAAGGACACACAUUCACUUGGCCCCAGGACUGCCUGGGGACCCUGGUAUCAUCAGUGGCAUGCGCCGGAAUUGUGAAGUAGCCGUGCUCAUCAAUGGACCCCUGGCCCUGGCAGAUGGAAUCCCCUUCUUCUGCUCUGCCAAUGGGGUGAUCCUGACACCAGGGGAUGCUGAUGGCUUCCUGCUUCCCAAGUACUUCAAGGAGGCCCUGCAGCUGUGCCCUGCCCGAAAACCCCUCUCCUUGCCUGGUGAUAAAGAGACAGAGUGUCCGAGUGGCCCCAAGCACAGCCCCAGAGGAAGGAUGAUCAAACAAUAAAAUAUUUAUUUAAAAAAUUUAAAAAGUAA